AUGUCAAAGAUUGCGAAUCUUGAUUUCAGUGCUUUGAAAAGCAAUGGUGACAACUACCUGGAAUGGGCGCUUGAUGCAAAGAUCAUGCUGCGAUCAAAAGAUCUUGGUGACACAAUCACCAAAGACAACAAUUCCAGUGACAAAGACAAGUAUAGAGCUAUCUACAUGAUACGCCACCAUCUCCAAGAGAACUUGAAAACUCAGUACAUGACCAUGGAAAAUCCAUAUGACCUUUGGAUCGCUUUACAGCGAAGAUAUGACCACCAGAAAACGGUGUUGCUUCCAAAGGCUCAAUAUGAUUGGAAACACAUAAUAACCGAGGAAGAGAUGCUUAAUAAAACUCUCUCCACGUUUCCUCAAACCAACAUGGUAUUGCAACAGCAGUACAGAGAGAGGAAUUUCGCCACAUAUACUGAGUUGAUAGAAUGUCUCUUGUUGGCUGAAGCUAACAACGAACUGUUAUUGAAAAACAGUGAGAUGAGACCUCCUGGUACAGCUCCAUUACCCGACAUCUCUAAGCUGGCUAUAGAGCCAAAGAAAGAGAGUAACCUUGUCCAACACAAUGACCAUCCCGGUCCAAACCGUGGAAGAAGUCAAGGACGAGGUCGUGGUUCUUUUAAAGCACACGGGCGAGGACGUGGUCGCGGUACCACACCCGGCUUUAGCCGUGGUCGUGGCCGAGGCCGUAGUGUGUCUUUUAAACCACAGAUCAAAGCUGAUCGAUGCCACAGAUGUGGUAUGGGUAAUCAUUGGGCAAAGAAUUGCCGAACUCCUAAGCAUUUGUGUGAGCUUUACAUGGAGAGCUUAAAAAGAAACCCGGAAGCUAACAUGGUUCGAGACCCGGGAUAUGAUGAUGAUGAUGAUGAUGACUUGGAAGACGUCCAGGAUCACCAGCACGAGUCAGACAAAGUUGAUCACAUGGAGUUUGAAACUUCAGACAUACUGAAAUAA